CUGUGCGUUGUGUAGCCGCUAGUCAGCAGGAUAUCAAAAAUGCUCGCUUCUCGCAAUGUUCGCGCCGCUGCGGGUCCUCGGGUUGCCGCUGCACCUGGCCAGCGUGUAAUCCUGUCAGCUCGCGCUGGGCGGCGCGCCCUGACCGCGGCGAAGGCUCAGAAGAAGGAAAUUAUGAUGUGGGAGGCCCUUCGCGAAGCCAUUGAUGAGGAGAUGGAGCGCGAUCCCACCGUUUGCGUGAUGGGCGAGGACGUGGGUCACUACGGCGGAAGCUACAAGUGCACCUAUGGCCUGUACAAAAAAUAUGGUGAUAUGCGUGUGCUGGAUACGCCUAUUUGCGAGAACGGCUUCAUGGGCAUGGGCGUGGGCGGCGCAAUGACCUGGCUGCGCCCUAUUGUGGAGGGCAUGAACAUGGGCUUCCUGCUGCUCGCCUUCAACCAGAUCUCCAACAACUGCGGCAUGCUGCACUACACCAGCGGUGGUCAGUUCAAGGUGCCCAUGGUCAUCCGCGGCCCGGGCGGUGUGGGCCGCCAGCUGGGUGCCGAGCACUCGCAGCGCCUCGAGUCGUACUUCCAGUCCAUUCCCGGUGUGCAGCUGGUGGCGUGCUCCACCGUAAGGAACUCCAAGGCGCUGCUGAAGGCGGUAAGUGGGUACGUGAAUAACCUAACUGGUCGCUGA